AUGGUUCAUCUAGCUCGUGUCAAGACAGAUGAUGAGAUUGCCCCCUCGGCCAGUCGUCAAAUCGACACUCUGCCCGCACCGGAUGAGGAUGACUUCUACACCAAUGUCUAUGGCAGCCACUUCGCUGCGGAUCAUCUCAACCAGAAUGAAAUGCCUGAGAGAGAGAUGCCUCGCCAGAUUGCCGCUCGCAUGAUCAAAGACGAGCUGAGCUUGGACGGCAACCCCAAGCUGAAUCUCGCAUCCUUCGUGACAACGUACAUGGAGGAGGAGAUUGAACAGAUUAUGACCGAUUCAUUCAGCAAGAACUUCAUUGACUAUGAAGAAUAUCCCCACUCCGCCGAGAUCCAGAAUCGCUGCGUCAACAUGAUUGCUAGAUUGUACAAUGUGGAUACCACUACCGAAAAUGCCAUGGGAACUUCAACCAUUGGAUCCUCCGAGGCUAUCAUGCUGGGUACACUGGCCAUGAAGAAGCGCUGGCAAAAUAAGCGUAAGGCCGAGGGCAAGGACUUCUCUCGUCCCAACAUCAUUAUGAACAGUGCUGUCCAGGUCUGCUGGGAGAAGGCUGCCCGCUACUUCGAUAUCGAGGAAAAGUAUGUCUACUGUACCGACACUCGAUUCGUCAUCGACCCCAAGGAGGCAGUCGAUCUGGUGGACGAGAACACCAUCGGUAUCUGUGCUAUUCUGGGAACUACAUACACAGGUGAGUAUGAGGAUGUGAAGGCGAUCAAUGAUCUGCUCGUUGAGCGUAACAUCGACUGUCCGAUCCACGUCGAUGCGGCCAGUGGCGGCUUUGUGGCUCCUUUCAUCCAGCCCGACCUGGAGUGGGAUUUCCGCCUCGAGAAGGUGGUUUCCAUCAACGUUUCCGGCCACAAGUACGGUCUCGUUUAUCCCGGUGUGGGAUGGGUCAUCUGGCGUUCUCCUGAAUAUUUGCCCCAAGAGCUCGUUUUCAACAUCAAUUAUCUCGGAGCCGACCAGGCCAGCUUCACUCUAAACUUCUCCAAGGGUGCUGCCCAUGUCAUUGGCCAGUAUUACCAGUUGAUCCGUCUGGGCAAGCACGGCUACCGCUCGAUCAUGACCAACCUCACUCGCAUCGGCGACUACAUGUCAUCCGAGCUUGAGAAGAUGGGCAUGAUUAUCAUGAGUCAGACUAAGGGCAGAGGCCUUCCCCUCGUCGCCUUCAGACUGCCUCCUAGUAAAGAUCGCGUCUUCGAUGAAUUUGCCGUGGCCCACCAGCUGCGUGAGCGCGGCUGGAUUGUGCCGGCGUACACUAUGGCUCCUCACAGUGAGAAGCUGCAGUUGAUGCGCAUUGUCAUCCGCGAGGAUUUCAGCAUGGCCCGCUGUGAGAGUUUGCUUCAGGACUUCAAGCUUGCCAUGCAGACUUUGGAGUCUAUGGAUCAGGCUAUGAUUACCAAGUACAAGACGCACAUGCAAAGCCAUCGCGCCCACCCUCGCCACAAGCACACUCACCCGCACUACAAGGAAGAGAAGCACUCGCUGCAAGGCAAGGAAGGAAAGACACACCCCGUGUGUUAA